AGUUCGCUGUUAGAAUUCGUUCGGUUGACUUGCCCGGGAGCCCAGAGACCCCCAUCAACCCUUCUUUAUUUCCUUACCGAAACCAGGCAACAAGUGUCCCCAGGAAUGUGCGUAAACAACUCUUGUUUGUCCAUAGUGCUGGGGCUUUCCAUCAUCCUCAUGGGGACUGCGGUUCCCGGACUUGGCCAAAAUGCGACCACCCUGAGGCAGGACUGCGGCAGCACGCAGCGAAUGGUCGAUGAUUGCUUCAAGGAUUUGCCGCCGCAUCUAAUGGAGUUCCUGCAGAACACCAAAAUCAUCAUCAGCAAGAGCGACAUCACGACAAAGUGCAACAUUUUCAACCGGGGAAUGCGAUGCUUUGAUGCCUACUCGAAGCGCUGCCUCAACGACCGAAAGCUGGAAACCUUUAAGAUCAACGUGGAGGGGGCCCGUCGAUUUUUCUAUAAAUUCUGCGGCGAUACGGAUUUUCAGCGAGAUUACCUGAGGCACAAGGACUGCUUCUCCCACAUCCAACUGGACUGGGUCAGCUGCACAUCCAAGUUCGAGGGCAUCCUCAGUGAUGAGGUGCACGAUGCGACGCGCAACGCGAGCGACAAAUUCAUGGAAUUCUGUUGUGCCCGCUAUGCCUACGAGAACUGCAUCUACAACAGCGCGAGAUACAAGUGCUACCAGAAUUCAGCGGAGUUUGCCCGCGAAACGGCCAAAAUGCUGUCCGACGAGAAGCACUUCAGGAACUGCGCCGUUCUCGAGAACAUCUGCGGACAAGCCUCACGGCUGGCCCGCCACUGGCUGGGUGCACAGCUGAGCCUGCUCCUGGUUCUGUUUGUGGUGCGACUCCUGCCAUAAAUUGAUGCUAAAUUAAUGAACGAACGCUGCGUUCCGUGUGCUAUGGGGUCCAUGGGUCAUAGGUUGGCUUUUUUUUUUUUGACCUUGGAUUGUCCAAAUGAAAAAUGCCAAGCAUUUCUCUCAUUUUCUCUCUCUCUUGCUCUGUGUGUUUUUUAUUUUCCUUUGAAUAUAAUUGGGUGGGUCACGGGGUCGGAAAGCGACACUGGUUUGUCCUCUAGUCUGUUAAGCUACAUUAAAUAUAUAUAUUUCAAAUAAAAUGUAUUCUUCUUCUA